AUGCAUGCUAAUAACACUUCAAUUAAUGAUCACACACCUACAUUCGCAGAAAAUUAGGACUUUCUGAAUGUUGAAUAAUGUUUAAAUGGAAUUUCUGAUUUUCUGCUUUAUACUUCAACACUCAAAUUAGAUUAAAGUAAUCAUUUAACAAAUUACUUUUUAGAAGAUAAAUAGGCAUCGAAAAACUUUUCUAGCUUUGUCAAUGAUAUUGAAUUCUCAGAAUUAAUUAGGUCGUAUAGGUUACAUCGCUAUUAUAAUAAACUAAAUGGAUUGAAUAAUUCUGUUAUAAUAGAAUCACAUCAUUAAAAAGUAUAAUCCAGUAAUCGCCAAAGUUAGCCUUAAGUUGUAAUUAAGAUUAUAGGGACUUCUCCACCUAAAAUUGAAAACAAAAAAUACUCAUAAAUUGAAAGCAGGUACUCCCCUAAAAAUUUGAAAUUCUACUUAAAAUAGGAAUAAUAAAGUACUGACUCAUAGAUCUCACAAAGUAGAAGAAUAUCAUCAUCAAUACAACAAUCAAGAUCAUCCUCCUUAACAAUGAGUUCAAUAACUUCCAAUAUUAAGUUUUAAUAAGUUUAUCAGAAUCAGAAGAGAUAAAAACAAGAUCCCAAAAAAAAUUAUUAGUUUUGCUUACUUUCUUAGAAACACUAAGAAUUAACCAAAUAAAAACAAAAAAAUGAACCAAACAAAAUUUUAAAUUUAUCUUUAAAUUCCUUAUCCUCUAAGAUUGAAAAGAAUAAAUGA